AUGAAUAAAUACACUCUUACUUUUAGAUGUGAAAAAUUGGAAUAAAAGUAUUAGGAUUCUCGAUAUCUAUAUACACUUUCUACAUGUAAAUCUUUGAAUGUAAUCAGUUUUUUGCUGUGCUUAUUUCGAAGUAUUACUUUUAUUAUUCAGAAUCAUUUGGUUGGAUUUUUUGUAUUUCUAGUCCUAACAAUUAUUGUCAUAUUAGCUCAAUUCUUCAUAUUUACUAAUAAAAGGAGAUGGGUAGAUUAUUAUUUGUUAAUAAUAAAUCAUUUUAUGAUGUUACAACAAUAAUAUGUAGAGGAAGGAUUUGAAAAAUAGGAGGCGUUUGUAUUUGGAUAGAAUUAAAUGUUAUUACAUAUCAUGAUAAUUCUUGUUUCUGAAUUUAAAUUUGGUUCAAUUUAGAUUUUAGGAAAUAUUAUAAUAAAGAUAGUGCUGUCUAAAUAUUAUUAGCCAUCAUUACCCUAUUAAAGUAUAAUUUAUUCUAUUGUAUUUGGAUUAAUGUUUCUCUAUUCCAUGUUUAAAAUAAAUUAAUAAUAUAGAUUAUCAUUCUUAUUCACAACAUAAGAUAGUUAAUAAGGUAUUUAAUAGUAGAUAAUUAAAUUUUAGAAUAAUUAAUACCUUUAUUAACCGAUAGUCCUUUUGUAUUAUGUACAUAUAAUAAAGAUAAUUUGUAAUUUUAAUAAAAAUUCAGUAAUCUCUUACUUCAUUAAGAAUUUAAAUAAUUCUAGACUACUCAUGAUGCUCUGAAUUUUGUCCUAAGAAAUUAUUCUGUAUUUGGAUAGUCUUUAGAGACAUUUUUGUUGGCUAGACAAAAAAAGUAAGAUGAAUUGAUAGUUAAUAAAAUUUUAGAAGUAAAAUCAAACAAUAAUAAUAAUGAUUUAUCAAAAUUAUUUAUUCGCUAUUCAGAAUGUUACAUAACAGAAUUAAUUUAUAUUUUGAUAAUUGAUAAGAAGAGAUUAGAGAUUCAAAAAUUAAAUUAAAAACUAGUUUAUUAUGAAUAAGGAUUAAAUAAAUUUUUAAUCCAAUUUAGAAAUUUCUUAAAACAAUAAAUUUUAAUCUUAGAUAAAUCAUUAAAUAAUAAUUAAAAUUCAAUAUAUUAAGCUAUUAUUAAAUUAAUAUACAUAUUUUCAAAGUUCAAGAAUAAAAAAUCAUGUAAAAUUACAAAUCAAUCAUUUUUAUAAUGUUUUAAAAAAUAUGCAAAAUUAUAUUCAUAAGCCUAUGAUAAAAAAAGAAUCAAGAUUGAAUUUUGUUAAGAAAUAAAAGAAAUUUACACUAUAGAGAAUUCUUUAGAGGAAUUUAUGAUUAACUUCUUUAAUUAUCUCUUUAAAAUUAAAACAGAUAUAAUAUAAAUAUAUCUUUGUACAUCAUUUGUUUAAUAAAAUGAAUAUAUUGAUAUCAUUAUAAAAGUAGAUGUUAUGUCAGAAUUAUAUAUUUUAUUGUAAAAGAGUACUCAUUUUAGAAGAAUUCUAAAGACAAUAAGUCCUCAUGAUUAUGUAAUCUUAAAUGAUGACAGUAAUUUUAUAUAAGAUUUUUAGGUUUGAUAGUUCGUCUGUAUAAAAAUAUGAAUGAAAUUAAUCAAUUAAGUUCAUUUUUAAUUAAACCAGAGUAACUUAAAAAAACAACAUGA